CAUAAUCAUUUGACAGCUAGGCACGACGAAUUGUGGCUUAAAACAUUUUGAAAGUUAAAUCAUUAGUAAUAAUGAAAUAAAUUCAGUAGAAAUGCAAGAUAUAUGCGAAAAUAUUCGUACGGCAAUCGAGCACGGCCGUACUGAUAUUAUCCGAUCUCUAUUGGACGCAUGUGAAAAUGGAAAUACAGGAGAGAGCAUUACCAAGGAAAAAAUUCUGAAUCAGGCUCUCUUAGAAGAAGGAACUUUUCUUCUAUACGCAUCUAAGAUAAAUCAAGUAGACGUUGUGCGAACUCUUCUCAGCUGCGGUGCCGAUCCUACGAUUCAAAACUCCCAAGGUUACAAUGCAGUUGACGUCGCCUCUUCUGAUGCAAUACGACAUAUUUAUGUCGAGGAACUUUUAAGAGCUACUGCUGCAUCUGAGCUGGAAAGGGUUGUGCAGUUACUAGCCGCAGGGAUAAACAUAAAUUCCUGGGAUUCGGAGGGGAGUAAAAAUACUCCACUUCAUUGGGCUGCUUGCUAUGGCAACAAAGACAUAAUUACGUGUCUGAUAGACAGAGGAGCAGAUGUGAAUGCAGAGAAUGGUUGCGGUGCAACCCCUUUACAUGAGGCAGUUAAUCGUGGAGAAGUGACAAUUUGUCAGCAACUCCUACAUUCUGGAGCUAAUCCUCUUGCACGGGCGAUCAAAGGAACAUUUGCUGGGAAAACUCCGUACGAUUUGGCAAUUGGAAAGCCUACAUUGCACUUGUUGUUCCAGAAAUUUUUAGCAGUCACGACAUCCAAUGAAAGCGAGAAUAUGCAUAAUGCUGGUACAUUUAUGAGCCAAAACUAUGGAGACCGAAAAGUAUCAAAGUCUUCAAAUUUGAGCCAAGUUUCAGUAGAUUCUAUCAAUAAAUCAUUUGACCAAAUAUUUGAUGGGAUGAAUCGUGAGCCUGGAAUUGAUAGUCCUGUUAAAAGUAUAGGAGAAAAAUAUGGGAUAUUCAAUCUCAUUUGGCCACAGCCGAAGACUAUUAUUGAACUUCCAGACUCACUUCCAUUCAUUGCUGGAAAAGAAUUAUUUAUUUCUAUAAUACAAGGCACCGAAUCGAUCCACAGCAUAUUGGAUGUAUGGGAGAUUAGUAGAUCAAUAUUAUUGGAGCUUGGUCAUGAUGUUAAAAUUGGUGAAGUACAACCAAGAUCUGGAAAACUGUAUUCAGAUCAACAGAUAGAGUGUUUAGUUAAUGGAAACCUCUUCAACGUUAGUAACGGCUACCAAUUGCUGAUUUCUCAGAAUGUUAUUAAAGUAACUGCCGGUAGUUUGGCAGGCUUACAUUACGCAGUUUGUACGUUUGUACAAAUCCUAAGAUUAUGUAAAACUCACAAAACAUCAGACGUUUGCGAAAUUGAUGCUGUCUUAAUUAAGGACGAACCAAGAUUCAAACACAGAGGUGUAUUACUGGAUAUUUCUCCAAGAGGACGAAUACCCAACCUAGAAUACUUAUUCCACAUGAUCGAAUUAUGGUCAGCAUUUAAAAUAUCUCACUUACAUCUCUACUCUAGGUUAGCACCAAGCUGUGAUUGGCAGUUGUGUUACACUAGAUCAGAAAUGGUGACUCUGGAUAGAUACUGCAGAGAUCGCCAUCUGGAAUUAGUGCCAGCUUUGGACGUUGACUCAAAUGUAAGCCAACGUCACUUACCUCAAAUGUGGCCAGUAUUUCAAGAACUGCUUGCCACUUUUCCAAGUUUAAAUUACGUCCACGUUGGGCCUCGGCUAGCUGGUUUGCUUGUUCAGUUAGAAAAUUUGGACUCAAGUUUAUCUGGGAAUGAAACUGUGGAAACAGAUAUGUCUGAAGUAUUUAAAUCGUACUCUUGUCUCCAAGAACUUUGGCACAUUUUGAACUUGAAUUCCGAUGCAACGUUAUUACUGUGUUCAAAUGGAUUACACUCCAAACCGGAUUUACGAAACGUUCCAAGCAAUGUUGUCCUGGUAGAAUAUGGUUUUCAGGCAGACUACGAUUUCUCGGAAUGGACAGAAGUAUUCAGAAAUGCUGGUGGCAAUGUGUUGCCUAGCUCUGGAACAGCAAGUUAUAAUAGUUUGGCUGGGUGUCCUGCUUCGACUUAUGCCAACACAAGGAAUGCUGUAAAAACUGCCCUACAGCAAAAUUCAUUCGGCAUUGUUGUAGCUCAUUGGUCAGGUAGUCAUCAUUUGACCCCGCACCCAUUCGCUUGGGUAGGGUUUUUAAUUGCGGCUGGACUUGCCUGGAAUCCAGCUAGCGAGUUUGAUACUUUUAAUAUGGAAAGCUGUGAUAUGUCGGAACUCCCUAAUGCUUCCAGACAGCUGACACUAGCGAAACUGCUUGAUAUUCAUGUAUUUUCGGACUCAGAAAGAAAAAUGGGCAAUGCAGUACUUGAAUUAGGACGUGUGGAUACGUUAGUACUAACACUAAGUAAAAAUCAAGCAGUAACAGACUUGAAGCAAAUACCAGAUAACCGAGGUUCUACUCUUUAUCGGCUUUUGACUGACCCAGACAAUGUUACGCUGGAUAAUCUAUCGACUGAUUUAUUUGUGAAAAUUACUAAGCAAAUUAAACGCAUUUCCCACUCAUUGUACGAAGUAAACCUAACAUCAAAGUUUGCUUUAAUGGAAAUUCAAGAACUUCAAUUAACAGCAGACUUGAUGCUGACUGCCUGUCGUAUUGGAAGAACUCUUAUCGGUGUUGGCGUUAAUCCAAAUAGCAAUAUGGGCCUAGCUGUAAUUAACCUUGGAGUGAGCAAUUUACCACCGACUUUUAGGACGGAUAUAGCCAACAAGCUUUUAGCUCAUAUUGAGCAGUACAAAGGUGCUUGGCUACAAAGACACUUGCCUCAAGGGCUUCAAAGUUCCUUGUUAGUGUUAACUGCUGCCCUACAUAGAUUUGUACCCGAAUCGUAAUCCCAAAUUAAGUGAAAAUAUACAGUGGUCAUAUAAAAAAACAGAGCUGGGUAUGGAAAUGAAAUUAGACUUGCAUAGCCGGCGUAUAUCAGUAAUUUGGUAGGUAAAUAUAACACCAAUACCAUCCCUGUUGCUCUCUUGUCACAAGAUACAAAGUAGAAUAUUUGGUCCACUU